GGGCGUCUAACGAUACGGCAUACCCGAAAUAGGAAGCAGCACAAACGCCACGGUACCACCUCCAAAAGUCAACGUCAAUGUCAACUGCCUGAAGAACAAUCAACAUCCAAUUGAAUGGCCGAAGCAGCGGAGCAUAUCGUUCAAAUAACCACACCCAGUCGAACAUUUGAAGGCCAUGUAAGUUUGGUCUUCGCAGUCGCAGUGUUCCCUGAUAGAUGCCGUAUGGUGACGGGCUCGGGGGACAAAACACUUCGUUUUGGGAUGCCACAACAGAGCUCUGGAACACAAAAACAUGGCAGGUGCAAGGAAAUCAAAUCAAUUGCCGUGCAUCGGUCCAAUGUGUUUGGUAUUCCCCGACUGGUGAACAUCUUGCCAUCGCAACAAUGAAAAAUAUCCAGAUACUAUGGAAUCCAGUCAAGAGGGAAUGCAUUGCAAACUUCGAGGCUCAUUCUGUGUUCAAUGGAGCAUGGAACAGCUCACUCGCGCGGAUGCUCGAUGGCACACGGCUUCCCUCAGCGAGCACUAUGCGAGAUCACACCAUACGGGAGUGGGAUACAGAUGUGCUGAUUUGUCUAGCUCGCAUACUCAAUCACAUGGGCAACAUAACCGCCGCACCGCACUACCACAUCAACGCACGUUUUCUUCAUUCUGGCGCCACCACUUCUAUCGACACGGGGAGACUGAACAUGAUACCCAAUCCUGGUCGAGCCCUUUCAGCUGGACACACGAAACUUAGUCUCUGGCAUGCUGUGCAGACGAGAUGUAUCAAACAUCGAGUUGCGAGAGCCACCAGUAGUCGAGGUCCCGUGCAUAGCAGAGAAACCAUCACGCUCGGAGAAAGCAGACAUUUGUCAGCUUGUCGCGACCUUCCAAUACCCAUGCCCAGAAACACACAGUAACGCAGGGCACGUCGUUGCAGCAACCACUACUGCCACUACCUCGAUACCUCCUGCCGUUGCUGGUGCCGCGGGGGCAGCGGGAACGAUCUCGCAUCAUCAAAUCACCAUUACUGGAUGGCCCG